UUUUUCCUUUUGCCACAUUUACACUUCAUAAGAGUACCCCCCAAGCCCAAAAUUCAAAUAGUAAAACUAUUACAACUCAUCACUGUCACUGCAUUUAAAUUUCUGUCUUCUGAGUUCAUAUCAGGAAACAUGUUUUACAACAUAUCACUUGUGUUUUUCGCUUUAAAAUACUUUGUUUAAACCCUUUUAAAAUCAAAUCGUCACGGGUAAUCUUAGGUUUCGUGAGGAAGAAGGGUUCUUCUGCCUAGAUUUGACCCUUCUGCUACUUGGUUUUUGUUUCUUUUUAAAAAAAACAGAGUUGCUGUUUUAGCACUCUGCAGAAACACGUAUGAAAAAAACCAAGUGUCCCCCAUUUAUGACAACUAUGAUCUUCCAUUGAUUUUCUUGUCCUAUAGAAAAAAAUAAAAUUAAAAAUAAACAAAACCCAUUUAAUCUAAAAUUAAAUUUGAGCUCCAAAUUUUGGACUUUUUUCUCUCUCUCUGUUUUGAAUCCUCUCUGUUUUAAGCUGCCACGAAGUCAAUGCACCGACUCCUCUGUUUCUAUUUCGUUCAGUGUUCUGUUUCUUCACAUGGGGUUUGGUAUUUCUCUACAAAUUUUGUAUGUCUUUUCUCUUUUUUGUUUGUACUUUCAUUUUUCCACCUAUUUCUCUUCUGGGUUUGGUAAGUUUUCUCUGUUUUAGUCAUUUUUCUCUUCUGGUUUUGAAUUUUGCAAGAAGAUCAAAGGAAGAUAGCUUCGUUUUUCAUAUCAACUGUGUUCAAAUCUGCUUGAUUAAGUUGUAAAGUUUGAAAAUUUCAACCUUCUCCCCACGUUGUUGUUUAUUUUGGCUCAUCUGAUGAACCGUUUUGCUUUGUUUUCAUUUGAACACUGCCGUCUGAGCAUUAGAGGAUUGUUUAUUUUUUAAAUUAAAACCGUGGAAAUAUUAUAAGGGAAGGGGGAAGAGUAGAAGCUGAUUUUUUUGAUGUAAUUUCUCCAUUGAAUAAAAAUGCCUCUAGACAGUGUAAAAUCAGUAGUUUAUAGAUCAUUUAUCACAUGUGAUGAUCCAAAAGGGGUGGUUGAUUGCAAUUUAAUGAAGAUAUCCAGAGUGAAUUCUCAGAAACUAGAACAAAAGAUUAGAGCCCAUAGGACAAGUAGGAAUUCAAGUAAGGAUUUAGUAUCUGAUGUAGAGAAAGAGGAGCUAAUCUCUAAAGAAAUGAGAGAGAGAAUUCAUGGCCAAUCUUCUAUUUCAUUCAUGGAGGUUUGCCAGGGAGCUGAGAAGUUGAAUCAUAUGGUUGGUUCAUGGUCUAAGGGAAUGAGAUCUGAGAGGAAAACAGAGAAGAUUGCUGAGGAUUUGUUGGAAGAAACUUCAAGUUUAAGAGAUUCACUGAUUAUGUUGGCUAAGUUGCAAGAAGCUUCGAAUGAGUCGAUGCAGUUGAAGAUGACAUAUCCAAAAAGUUUUUCUUGUCAUCUUGAAGAUGAAUGUUUUCCAGUUGAGGUUCAAAGAUCAAAGCUUUCUACACAUGGUUCUUCCAGAACUGGUGCUGAUGAGGUCAAGAAGAUGAUUGGAAACAGCCCAGUGAAGCGAGAUUCUGUGCGUAAUGUUACAGUUGGUGAACGUAAAUCUUGUUUUCGUGAUAUAAAUUCCAACUCGGGGUCGGAAAUCUCAUUGACUUGCUCCAGCCAAUCUUCAUUGAUUGAUGAUAAUGUCAACUGUUGUCACGGUACAACAUCUCAACAGAAGAAUUUGAAACGUAAUAACUUGAUAGCUAAGCUUAUGGGGCUUGAAGAAAUUCCAUCAAGAUCAAUGCAAAUUACUCCAAAGAAAGAGUUCGAAUUUAAAAAAGUCUCUGGUUACAAGACAUCUCUCUUUGGCAUCAAUGCAACUUUGAAUAUGCCCAAGUCUAAAUCUGUCAUCAACAAGGAGGAUCAUCAAAAAGGAACCUUGAGAGAAAUACUUGAAAAAAUGCCUGUCAACAAGCUUAGAGAGAGUGAUUCUGAUAUAGAGUUUAACAUUCAUUGCUCAAAUUCCUACAAUGAUGGUUCCAAACAAAGGUUGAAAGAUGGACGGCCAAUUGUAUUGAUAAAACACAAGCCUCUCCCACCUGACGAAUUUGAGGAACACCGAGCACAUGUCUCCUCAAAAAAUGAUGCUUUUGACCAAAAAACUAAGCUAAGAAGUACGAAAAAGAAAGAACUUCAGUCGGCUGGAGAUUUUGAUUUCCAUGGUGGAAUUAUGAGUUCAGAUAAAUUGCACAGGAAACAAAAGGGGCAAGGGAGUCCAGUCAAACAGAUUGCUGAGGAAGGAAGAAAGCUGAAACCAAAAAAAGAAGCAAAAAAAUUAAAAGAAUGUACUGUUGAUACUAAGAAAAAGACUGCAGAGAAGUUGAAAAUAUUUAGUCCAAUGCCUGAUAUGCCCCAUGAGAAAGAACCAAUUGACAGGAAAGUUCUUUCUUCAAAGAAACUGACUAAACCAGUGGAAAAAGAAUUUUCAAAAGAAAAAGUUGUGUCAAGACCACAGCAUCAAGAAAAAGUGACAUCCACUAAUCCAAGGAAGAACAGAACUCAUAAACAACGUAGCUCCAUUCAAGAUCCUGUGCCAGAACGAGCAGUGAGAGCAAUAUCUAACAAUCGCGACUGUCAGAAAAAGGAUGAACCAGUCCUUUCCCAUUCAGAAGUUAAUUCAUUUAUAAAUCGAAACACUACUACCCUUAUGGCUUUAAUUACUAUGGAGAACGAAAUGGACGAAUGUGAUACAAAGAUUAUAGAAUGCUGCAAUGAGAACCCUAACUCUCUCUUGCCAUUGAGCCCCAAACUCGAUAUCAAUACAAGUACUGUUGAAGAAAUUGAUCGCAAUGGUCAUACUGAAGCACAUACCAAAAGCUGCAAUCAAGGGACCAAUCUGAAAGCAUUACUUUUGAAAAGUUCAUCAUUCCUCUGUCAUGCAGGGGAGCUUUAUGAUCUCCAUCUAAAUGGUAGAACAAUGCUGCAGGCAGCAUCUCGCUGCAAUGAUCCCGAAUCCCUGAAUACGAAACUUUUUGUAGAUUGUGCAAUAGAACUCAUGGACCGUAAAGGCCAUCAUAACUUACUAGUAGGCAAUUCUUUAUUACUAGGAGAUAAGAGCAAUACAAAGAUAGAGAUUUCUAUAGAAAAACUUGUUGAAGAAGUGAACGACGACAUCGACACUCUAACAAGUUACCAAACAAUUUGUGGCGAUAAUCUUAUUGUAGAUACUCUAUAUGCAGUGUUGAGUAGAGACCUUUGGUGCAAAGAAGUGAUGAAUGGAAUGUGGGAUAUUGGUUGGAAGAAUGGAUUUUCAAGAAGUGAAAGUGAGGAAGUGGUAAAUGAUAUAGAAAUGAUGAUUUUGAGUGGACUAAUUGAAGAGUCCUUUACAUAACAUCAGAAAAUUGUAUCUUCUGUAUUGUAUAUACCAGAGGAAAAAAAACUUUCAAUUACUACACCUAAAAUCUUUAUUCCAAUGCAUAUUUGAGAAAAGAGUUGACGUGACACGCCAAAAAAGGUGCUGCUUUUAUUUUGCCAACGGAAUCACUAG